AAGGCAUUAUCUCACCCAUCUCUUGCAUUCCUAAGCCUUUUCUCCCUGGAAAAACCAGCUAAUUAAAGCGACCUUAUGUAUCCAUUUGUUUCAGCAGAGAGGAUCAGGAAGAGCAAGUAGAAAGAUCAAUAUGGGAAACUGUCUGGCCCGUCAAUCUGAUUCUCCAAAUUCUCAUCGCAACUCCAACAAUGGCUCCAACAACAAUCAUUUGGGGAGCAGCCAAUUGCCCAUUAGACGCAGUACCUCGAGACUCUUGCAGAGUACAAGCAAUUCCACCUUGCUAGGACGAAGCAGCACAUCUGCCGGAAAUAGCAGGCUAUUUGGACCAAGUAGCAGUAAGACAUACACAACCAGCAAUACUAAUACAUCUCUUCUAGGCUCUGAUAUCAGCCAAGCCUUAGAAUUAAGAGGUCAACAGGAGUUUCCCAAUGGGCAGAUCUUGGAUGUGGCAAACUUGAUGGAAUUUACUUUUGAGGAACUGAGGGAAGCAACUAAAAAUUUCAGAGUUGACUUUGUAAUAGGAGAGGGAGGCUUUGGCAGGGUGUACAAAGGUUUGUUUAAGGGGAGAGCACCAUCAAGAGCAACAAGAGGUGGGCGAUGGGUUGCCGCCAUCAAGAGAUUGAACCCUGAUGGCUUCCAAGGAUUUGCGGAAUGGCAGUCCGAGGUGAAUUUCUUAGGAAGGCUUUCUCAUCCUAACCUUGUCAAGUUGUUGGGAUUUGGAAGGGAAAAUGGAGAGCUAUUUCUGGUGUAUGAAUUCAUGCACAAAGGCACCUUGGCUAACCACCUUUUCGGAAGGGGUUCAAAUGUACGGCCACUUCCAUGGGACACAAGGUUAAAGAUUAUAAUUGGAGCAGCAAGGGGCCUAGAUUUCUUACACUCAUUAGAGAAUAGAAUCAUAUACAGAGAUUUCAAGCCAUCCAAUAUCUUACUUGACGAGAACUACAUUGCCAAGUUAUCAGACUUCGGUUUGGCCAAAGAGUUUCCUUCUGGUGAUAGAACUCAUGUGACAACAAGGAUUAUUGGAACUCAAGGUUAUGCUGCGCCUGAGUACGUCGCCACAGGUCACCUGUCUAUGAAAAGUGAUGUGUAUGGAUUUGGAAUUGUUUUGGUGGAGAUACUGACAGGCAAAUCAAUAAAUGAUUUACGGAAGCAUGGUCCAUCAUUGAUCGAUUGGCUCAAAUCUAAUUUGUUGAGUAGAGGGAAGAUGAUAAACGCAAUGGACAGUAGGUUGGAGGGGAGAUAUCCACCCAGGUUAGCGUUACAAGUAGCUCAGCUUGCUCUUAAAUGUGUCCAAACGGAGCAUAAAGUAAGGCCAUCAAUGAUGGAAGUCGUCGAGACAUUGAAAAAAGUAGAGGCAGCUCAACUCCAUGGUCGCCCAGAUGGAGGUUGAAUUGGCGAUUUGAUCUUGACACAAAACAAGCCCAGGUGUUAGACUACCCGAGGAAGAGUCUUUCCCGAGAGGUCUCUGCUCUGCUGAAAUAUGACUGAGCCUUGAAGUGGGCAUAGAUAAGAACCUGAUGAUGAGAUCAGUCAAAGGACAUGUUUGGAAAGGCCAUGAUUUCUGGGAGCGAGAAGACGACAGAUGGUGUGUACGCACUCCCUCAAGAUCACAGAGACUUGGCUCGAAUGCUGACACAAAAGCAAGUGCAGGUUCUUGGGUUAUAGAUUUCCUUGAAAUUCUCAAGCCUCUCUGGACCUCCAUUAUGAUACAAUUGUGAAGUCGUGCGGGGAAAAGGGCUUAAUUUUUUUUAAAAGUAUCCUGUGCAUUUGUAAGCUAUUUUAAUUAAAUUUUAGUAG